CCCUAACAUCACUAUCGACCUGCCCUUUACAACCCCUAGCCCCACUCUCAUCCCCACCACCAAGCCGCUACCCAAUCAACAUACUCAAACAUCUAAACCACCGGAUUUGGCAGCCACCACCACGGUAACUUACCAUGAAUUUGCCAGGAAUGCAGAAGCUGCUGCUCAGGGACGACAAGGAGAGGGUGGUACUCAAUGCAGAGACAGAAGCUCUUCUCCACAUCGCGACCGUAUGGUGGGCGGAAGGAACGAGCAUGAAGAUAAAGAUAAACGAGGCUAUCGGAGGAGAUCAGUAUCGGUACCACGUGAAGCUCCAUCCCUUGUGGAAACCACCAGCAUACCGCAUGAGGAUUCUUAGGCUUCUGGACCUUGGUAACAGAUUUUCUUUGGACGAUAAUUUCUUAAUGCCCAGUUUCAAUAUUUUGCUCUGGAACUGUAGAGGUGCAGGUAAUGACAACUUUAAGCACCAUUUUUCUGAGCUUGUCCGAAUGCAUAAGCUUGAGAUCGUGGGCCUCCUUGAAACAAAAAUUACUUUCAGGAAAAUGGGGCUCUUUUUCAAAAACUUGGGUUUCUCCGGUUCGGCUUAUGUGAACCCCAAUGGUAGAGCUGGAGGAAUUUGGCUUGUAUGGGAUACCUCCAAGGUAUCCAAAAACAUUACCCAUGCCUCCUCUCAAGCUAUCCAUUCUGAGAUCACGAAGGAUGGCUUUGAGGAUUGGGUUCUUACUACUGCUUAUGCCAGCCCUAACCCCAAAAAUAGAGAAAUUAUGUGGGAAGAUAUGGAAGUCCAAGCCCACAGCAACAAUAAACCUUGGCUGGUGGCGGGCGAUCUAAACGACACACUAAAUUCUUCUGAAGGUCGUAGCUUUUCAGUGGAUACUAACUCUAGCCAAAGACGAAGAUUUGCCGACCAUGUCAAUAACUGCAACCUGGUAGACUUGGGGUUCUCAGGCCCCAAGUUCACCUGGAACAAUGGGAGAAAAGGUAUGGCAAAUGUCCAAAAACGUCUUGACCGUGCUCUCUGUAAUGAGGAAUGGCGAAAUCUUUUUCCAGAAGGACAUCUAAAGUUGAACACGGAUGGCUGCUUCUAUGAGUCCACCAAUACGGCUGGCUUUAGAGGAGUGAUCAGAGAUAGCUCGGGGAACUGGAUCCUAGGUUAUUAUGGCAAAGCAACCUGCACCAGCAGCUUGGAAGUAGAGAUAUGGGCUAUUUACAGAGGUCUCACGAUCAUUUUGGAAAAGGGCAUGUCAAAUGUUACCAUAGAGUUUGAUUCGAGCGUGGCAGUUGGUUUUUACAAUGAAGGACCACCUGUUGAUCACCCUCACCGUCAUGUAGUUGAAGAAGCUCGAAGAAUUGCGGCCUGGACAAAUUCAUCGGUCGUCCACAUCUAUCGUCAAGCCAACCAAACUGCCGAUUGCCUAGCCAGACUUGGAUCGCAGCAGAAUCAAAAUUUAGUAGUCUCUAGCUCCAUUCCUUUUGCAGUUAGGGAAUUUGCCUUGGCCGAUGCUAUGGGUGUUGGCCAUCUUAGGAUCUAG